AUGCCCGACGAAGCCGCGGAGAGCGCGCCUCCCGCCUCGGCGCCGGCGCGCGUCUCCUCCUUCUUCAUCGCCAAUUUGCUGGCCGCCAAAGCCCAGGACGAGCAGCGGCCGGACGGCGCCGACGACGAGCGCCAAGCGCGGCGGGCGCGCGGCGGAGGCUUCGCGGGCAGCCAUUGUUCGCUCGCCUGCUGCCCGUGCCAGGCUUCCCGCUUCGGGCUCGGGCUGCGCGGCUACCCGCUCCGGGAGAGCACCGUGGACUGGUACAGAAGAGCGCACGUGGCUUUCAUAGGCUGCGCCAGUCCGGAAAGUAAGUGCCCGCCGCCGUCCGGGGUCGCCGCAGCUCCCCUUCCCGGCCCCGGGCCCCCGGCCGCUCCCCAUCUAACCCAGGCUCAGUGGACGGAGAUCACGUCGCCCCUGUUCCCGGGAGGGGGUGUCUCGUCAGAUUGCACGAGGGCAUUUCUGAGAGGGACAGGCUCGCGGGGAGGGGGCAGGGGUCGUGGAGCUCCCCAUCAAAGGAAGCCCAGCCGGGUUCAAGGCUAGUGAAGGCGGCUCUUGGGAGCGUAUUGAGGCCCAAGCAAACCCCCUUGUGAUUCCCUAGAGUUUCCCUAGAGUUGGACGAAACACCCCCCUUUAAAAAUAAAAAGAAACAUUUAAAAAGAAACCCCUUUCCUGCCCUGUGCUCCGCUGUUCUGAGAGGGUCGCCGGCCGACCUCUCUCCGCGGGCCCCGCGAAGUCCAACGCCUUCCUGCCUCUUCUUCUGUCCUGGUCGCCCCGUCGACCGCAGGCCCUGGCACUGUCGGUGGGCCAGUCCUAUCCUUGGGGUGUCACACGAAUUUGCUUAAGACAUUAUUAAGGCCUCUCGAGAGAGAGAAAUAAUAUUUCUCGCGAAAGAUUCGUUUUUACAACCAGGUCUUUCUUUUGGAGACAUAAAACGACAUUUCUUUUCUGAAAAUGGGAAAUGUUUUUACAAACUAUAGCUCUCCCUCGGAUUUACAAAUCAGUCCCCAUACAAAAUCCAUUGAAGUUGGAAAGUGUCCCCGGAUUCAUUGAAAAAAAUCUGGUCAUCUUAGCAUAUAUACAUCCAGUCGUAACGAGCCGCCUCUUUCCUCAGUCCCCAGGGCAGCUCGGCCUCCGGCCUAGUCUAAAACGCGCAGCACCGGAGCGGCUUUCUCGGAAGCAAGUUUUGGAAACAAGAGAAGCGGCUUCCGAGGAAAGCGCUUCGGCUUAGCUUGAAGAGACCACUUUGUCGCCUAUUAGCGAGAAGAAACUUGGCUAAAUCCAGAUGUUUAGCUUUAACUGAGCUGGGUGCUUGCGUGCUUUGUCCCUAAAACAAACACAAACAAAGGCUUUGCAUAACUUCAGGAGGAGAGAUCGAGGAUUGUAAAAGGUACUUUGCGCGAGAGGAGACUAGGAUUUGGGGUGUGCCACAAGCAGCCACGGUAUUGGGGAAUUUAUUUGGCUUUUUGCAGCCUAUUUUCUAAAAACACAGACACCUCGACUCGUUGUAGUAUCAGGGUUGGGCCUUGUGGCGUGCAGCCCCAUUCCCUGCAUUUUAAAUUGCUUCGGGGAGCCUCGUGAUCGUGAGAUCUUGGCGCUUGAAUCUUGAAGGCUUCUCCGCGGGCGGGUGUGUGGGCUGGGGUCUGCCCAGAGAGGCUGUCUGUCUCAGCACUCUGUUAACACAAAUCUCUCCCGGGCUCCUGUAACACGGUAAAGAGGAAAACAAGAAUUAAGAGGCGAAUUAACCGGCAGCACCGAUAGCACUUGAGCAAGGCUUGUUGGAGGGGGAUGGCCGAAGGUCAGAGCUCAGGAUCCUUUCAUUGUAGUCCUUGACCCGUCCCUGCUUCGCUCACCCUCUCCUCCUUUUUCAGCCAGCGACAGAGACUCUCCAGAGAUCCCCGAGGAGGCAUCUCCCGGGAAGGAAGCGGCAGCAGCAGGAGGAGGAGGCGGCGGCGGCUGCUGCGAGAAAGUGGCCGCGGAGCUGAGCCCCGGCGCGAAAAGCGAGGACUUGGCGUGCAGCGGCGGCGCCCAGGAAGGCGGUGGCGGCAGCCAGGGCAGCAGCGUGGACGAGGAGCGCGCGGAGGAGUCGGAGGGCGGCGAGGCGCGCGGCGGCGGCGGCGGCGGGCGCAAGAAGAAGACGCGCACCGUCUUCAGCCGGAGCCAGGUCUUCCAGCUGGAGUCCACCUUCGACGUGAAGCGCUACCUGAGCAGCUCGGAGCGGGCCGGCUUGGCCGCCUCGCUGCACCUCACCGAGACGCAGGUGAAGAUCUGGUUCCAGAACCGCCGCAACAAGUGGAAGAGGCAGCUGGCGGCCGACCUGGAGGCGGCCAACCUCCCGCACACGGCGGCGCAAAGGAUAGUCCGCGUGCCCAUUUUGUACCAUGAGAACUCGCUGGCGGGCGGCGCGCUGGGCUGCUUCCCGCUGCCGCCUCCCGCGCACGCCUCUCCGCCGCUGGUCGCCGUCUCCGGCAGCGUCGCCUACCCGCUGGCGACCUUCUCCGCGGCCUCGGCGCCCUUCCUCCGCUCGCAAGUGACGGGUCUCGUUUGA